AUGGUUGGAAGUUUAAUGCUUUGGAAGCUAGUACAUUGCAAACGUUUAAAAAAGAGAAAAAGUUGUGAUGCCAAAAAAGAUAUAAGUGAAAACACUCAUAUAACUGCUGAAACUACUAUUAAGAAAACAUUCAAUGACGCCGAUGUAAAACAAACCUGCAGGGUUUGCCUAAAGGAAGGCGAUAUUCCAAUUUAUGAUGACAGUCGGUUGGAAGAUAUAUCUGAGGCUUUACAUAACUUCGGUGGAAUAGACGUGAGACCAGGCGAUAUAUAUCCAAAAUAUCUUUGUCAGCCAUGUUAUGCUCUUUUACAGGGCGCUAUAUUAUUUCGAAAAACUGCACAAGAAUCAGACCAGUUACUUCGGUUCCCACCACAGGAAGCAGUGUCCGACAACGAGAACAGUUUAUGUGGAGAAAUAAAAUCUUCACUGGAUUUUAUAAAAAAGGAGGAUAAUUUGAAUAAAACUACUUUUACGGAAUUUAUUGGAGAAGAUAAACCGAAAAAGUAUCUUUGCAAAAAGUGUAAUGCAGAUUUUGAUACAUUUAUAGAGUACAGUGAGCACAGGUUAUCACAGGAGCAUGAGAAUGUGAGACAAAAAUGUCCAAUAUGCAACAAUACUUAUAGUUCAUUAUAUUUUAAAAAACAUAUGGCUUUACACACCUUGGAAUCAUCAUACAUGUGUGAUGUUUGUGGUAAGAAAUUUGUUGUUCAAGGGCAAUUCACCCGUCACAGGGCUACACAUUUCAACAAUCUCCCAUUCAAAUGUUCAUUGUGUCCAUAUAAAGGUAGAUUUAAAGAGGCCCUAAAGAUGCAUAUGCGAUCUCAUACAGGAGAGAAACCUUAUCAGUGUGGACACUGUCCAUCUAAAUUUGUGAAUAAAAGUAAUUUAAAUAAGCAUAUGUUGACACAUAAAAGCGGGUUUGACUUCAAAUGUGAAACAUGUGGUAGAGGAUUCUACACAAACAGAGCUCUAGACCUACACUUUAAAGUAGAUCAUGCUGGUAUUAAAGACCACAUUUGUAACAUUUGUGGCAAGGCGUUUGGUUACAGAAAGCAAAUGAUGAAACACCAAUUAAAGGUACAUAAAAGAGAAAAGCAGAAAUGUGGUAGAAUGCCCUUGUAUCUUCAAGUGGAAUCUAAGAAGCAGCAAAUAUAA